CUUUUAGCUGGGAAUCAGUUCAGAGCCAAAAACGUUGGACCGGCAGUUAAUUUGGAGGUAAAAGAGAGGUUUUCUUGAGCUGGAAACACUGUACAUGAGCUUCACCAUGAACCUGCAAGUGCAAGGACAUAUGCAGCAGCAAAACUCAAAGUUGCUCAACAAAAACAAUGAGGUGAAUGAUGGAGAGAUAAACAAGCUUGGUGACGGCAACAACUCAAACAACAACUUUGUCGAACACAAAAAAAUCCUCAUUUUAACAAAGCAGACUAACGUCACCAUGUCGCAAGAAAAUGCUCUAGUCCCUCCUCAGGCUGUUACUUCCUCUGAAAAAAUGGCUGUUUCUCAAGAGUCUUCAGCCGACAGUCACGAGCAUAUUGGGGAAAUGGUUUUGGCUUCUAAUGGACGAUUGUCAACGGUGCUGCUCUCUGCCCCUACUGCCGGCAAUGAGCUUUCGAAUGAGAAUGCCCUACCUACAACACAAAUUGAUGUACAACAACCAGGAGAAGCUGAAACUACAUCUGACAUCCAGCAAGAAGAAAAGGAGGUUUUCAAAACUUCUGUUGCUACAGAGGAAACCGAGAAAACCGAGUCGUUGGAACGUACUUCAGAGGAGCCUUGUGAUAUUGAGCAACGUGCAGCUGACGGUAUCGCUGUGGAUGAAAAGACUAUCGCUAUGGAGACUCUGCCGCAACGUGCAGCUGACGGUAUCGCUGUGGAUGAAAAGAUUAUCGCUAUGGAGACUCCGCCCAGUGGAAACCCUUCACCAAAUAAGGCCGAAGCCGUAUGUGCAGAGGGAACUUCGACGAUGUCCAAGUCGAGGCCUCCCAUCAACACCAGCGAAAUUUUUACUGUUUGGAAAGUCUUAGGAACGGUGGUGUGGUUUUUGUGGUUUAUAUCACGUGAGGUGAUGCUGAAUGUGCUGCAAAUUAUCCGACUGGUGAACUUCGUAAGGUCCCUUCCGAAUCAUUUCUACCGCUCUCGAUACGCAGAGAAUCAAUUGAGACCCUCAUUGGCCAAAGAAAUCGAUGUGAGUCACGAAGAAUGUGUACCAACUCCUUCUGAUGAAUUGAUAUUGUAUUCUGAAAGAAGCAGUCUGUUUCGUGAUGGGACUCCCGACGCCUCGAGAGAAGAAGAAGGUGAUCAACUGUCACAGCGUCAAUAUUCCAGUUCUGGAGUGGUCGUAAAGCCUGAGUCUAUCGUCAACGGGGCUGUGGGAGGGGAGCACUUUAAAGAAGCUGCGAUAUGUGCCGUAUCUCUUCAAGACGACCUCAGUGAUGAGUAUGGUGCUCCUAUCUCUCAAACCUCCAAAAAGAAAUGGCCAUGGGAUGGUUCAUCAGAGGAGAAGGAUUGAGAAGAGUCUCUACCAUCGGCAGUUACAUCGUUUAGCUCCAACUAUGGCCCUACUCAUGUGUUCUCCGAGGUUGUUCUAGAGGAAGGUGAGCCGUCUACCUAUGCUUACGUGGUGACAAGAGUUCCUCUCUUUUAUCGGGAUAUGCCUCCUGGAGACUCCAUCUGUUUAUUGGGUUCGGUGAAAUAUCCCGAGGACUAUCUUAAUGGGCUGGUAUACUGAUACCUAGCCGCAAACUGGUCUGAACUGAACUGAACUGAACUUGCUGAACAAAAUGUAGUGUGAUUAUAGCUUUUUAGUGUUGUGCGAGUCUUCCAUGUCACUUAGUUAGUUUUGUGCGAGUCUUCCAUGUCACUUAGUUUUAUAAUUAUAUAGAUAGUGGUGACAACAUAUGGUGCAUGUCUCAAAAUUACUUUCAUAUUCGAUGUGUAUAUACAUGUACAUGUACCUCAAUCAUCCAUAAUGAAUUUGGUACAUUCACGAUAUUUA